AUCUAAUAAAAUUUCUCGCAACAGAACACGUGCCUUUUAGUUCUUCGAUUUACCGUGAAAGACGAUGGCACAGUUGUCGCUGCAGUGCCAUGUACUUUACCUGUAACUGUACAUACAUACAUACGUAUGUACCAAUGUGCAUUGCAAGGAAGUUUAUUUUGUUAUUUCUUAGCAAUUAAAAGAUAAUAUUCCAUGUAAUUUUAUCAUUAAACAUGAUGACUUCACGGUUGUAUACACUUUUACACUUAAAACCCUGCAAUGUCGUUGAAAUCAGAAAUUUCAUUUUUCAAAACGUUUCUAAAAGUUCUAAACUUUUUUAUUGCUUUUCAACUGAUGCAAUUAAGGAUAAAGUAACAGAUAUUAAUGAUAAAGAAGCUUACUUAUCAAAGAAUAUUAAGCCUGAUAAUAUAGGUUACACUGAGAAACUAACAAAUAAUGCAUUUACAAAAAGAAAUGAAGAUAUCGAAAACAAUAGUAGUGCGACAAAAGUACAUAAUGAAUUGCAGCAGUUAUGUGGUACUGAAUCUUUAGCAAGAAAUAUCUACAAAGCAAAUGAUACUUUGGAAGAUAUAGAUGAAGAACUACCAGGACCAUUUGAUCAUUGCAAUAAAGACCUGUCUGAUAUUGGACCUAAUAUAACAGCAACUUAUAAUUUUGCAAAAUUUGCAAACCACUCACAUACAAUUCAACAGUUAGUUAAAUUAGGAGUUGAAUUAUAUAAAUUAGAAGCAAACAAAGAAGUACUAGAAAUGUUUCUGAAACUCGACUUUGAAAGAGAUAUGAAACCAUACAUACAAUUUUUAUCUGAUUGUGGUGUAAAAUCAGAAAAUCUGGGAUUCUUCAUCAACAGAUAUCCUAUGGUUUUUAAAGAAAACUUGGAUGAUCUGCAUACAAGAAUAAGGUAUUUGAGAGCUCGUAACUUUAACAUACAAAUGAUACAAAGAAUAGUAAACAUACAUCCUUCGUGGUUGGCUUUCAAGACACAAGAGAUAGAUAGUAGAUUAGGCUAUUUUCAAAAUAAUUUUAAAAUGAAUGGUUCUCAAACAAGAAAUUUAGCAGUAAAAUGUCCAAAGCUUAUAACAUAUGAUAUGAAACGCAUAAGAAAGAGUACCUUUGCUAUAAAAGAGGAAAUGGGUUUUAAUGUGCCAGAAAUACAUCUUAUUUUGCUUAAGGCACCACGAGUCUUGAUUCGAGCCAGGACUAAUGUGGUCCAAACUUUUGAUUACCUCCAUAAUUAUAUGGAAUUGUCACAUACUAUCAUAAGCCAGGAAGCAAAGGCUUUAUUGUGUAGAAAAAGCAGGCUUGAAAGAAGACAUAGAUUUUUAGUAGAAUUAAAAAGAAACCAAUAUGAUCCUACAAAACCAUUGUAUGUGUCACUAUUAAAUUUAGUCAAAGGUAGUGAUAGUGAGUUUUGUGAAAAAGUUGCAAAAGCAUCUAUUCAAACUUACAAUGAUUUUCUAAAGACUUUUUAAUGUAUAAAAUAAACAUAAUUAUACCAUAAUAAAUAUUUGUAUUUUUUCA